AUGGAGCAUCUGUGCAGAAUUGGAUCAGAUCAUGCACCUCUUAUGCUUACAGCAGGAGAACAACCUCAGCAAUUCUCUAAGCCUUUCAGAUUCCUAAAAUUCUGGGUAGAUCAUGAGUCUUUCUUAUAUAUAGUGGAGCAUCAUUGGAAUAUUGUGUUUGUUGGAGUUGCUUUUAUUACCUUCAAGGAGGACAUUGUUAAGAUCAAAGAGCAGUUGUUUGACGAGGAUCCCUCUGAAGCCAACAGGAUGAAAUGCUGGGACAUUGUGGGUGCAGAUGUAUACAAUGUAGUUAAGGCUUUCUUUGAUGGUCAAACUCUUCCAAAAUCUAUCACUUACACUAACUUGGUGUUACAACAAAAGAAGGAGAUUAUUAACAGCCUUUCUGAUCUCAGGCCUAUCAGUUUAAGUAACUUCAUCAACAAGAUCAUUACUAGAAUCAUUCGUGAAAGAUUGGAAUCUAUUCUGUCUAAUUUAAUUUCUCAGAAUCAAUCUAGUUUUGUAAAAAGAAGUAAUAUUAUAGAGAAUGUGAUUCUAAAACUGGACAUGGCAAAGGCAUAUGAUAGGGUCUCUUGGAAUUACUUAAUUCAGGCUACUAGUUUCUUUCAUUUUACAAGGGGAGUAAAGCAAGGUGAUCCACUAUCACCUACCUUAAUCAUCUUGGCUGCUGAAGUAUUAUCAAGAGCCUUAAAUAGCUUGUUUGAUGAAGGGAUGUUCAGGGGAUAUGGAUUGCCUAAAUGGAGCUCUAAUCUGAAUCAUUUGUCAUAUGCUGAUGACACAAUAGUUUUUGCCUCUGCUGACAAAUGGUCAUUACAAGGGAUUAUGAAUAUUCUGCACGAGUAUGAAGCUGUGUUUGGUCAAAAGAUUAAUGUUCAUGAGAGUACUUUCUACAUGUAUAAGAAAGUAUCUAGUGAACUGGUGAAUGAAGUCCAGCAGAUUACAGGAUUCUCAAGAGCAUGGAAAGCAAAGUUACUAUCAUUUGGUGGAAAAGUUGUACUGAUUAGCAGUGUGCUGCAAAGCAUUCCUGUAUAUUUGUUAUCAGCAAUGGUUCCUCCAAAAUGUGUCAUCAAAGAGUUGCAUAAACUGUUUAAUAGAUUUUUUUGGCAAACAACGGAAGAUGGUAAAUGUAAACAUUGGUCUGAAUGGAUAAAACUGUGUUAUCCCAAGGGGGAAGGUGGUUUAGGAUUCAGAUCUUUGAAUGAUAUUUCAAGAGCUCGUUUCUCAAAGCUUUGGUGGAGGUUCAGAACAAAUAACUCUUUAUGGUCAAACUUUAUGUGGAAUAAAUACUGUAAGAAGGUUAGACCAACUCUUAUUCAAUGGAAUAGUGGAACUCAGACAUGGAAGUAUAUGUUAGAAGCUAGGAAUGAUAUUGAGCAGCAUAUCUGGUGGGAGCCUCAUCAGGGUUCUACAUCAAUAUGGUAUGACAACUGGUUGAAGAUAGGUGCUUCGAAUAAUCAACCUUAG